CUCUGUGUUUUAUUCCCUUGUUUUUGAUUCCCCACCUUCAUUUAUUUCCAAAAAAACCCUUGAAAAAAAACUUUCUAAAAGAGAAAAAGAUCAUAUAUAGCACAAAUUUAAAUCAUGGUUUUCUCAUCUGUUCCACAAUAUCUUGAUCACCAGAAUUGGCAUCAUCAGCUUCAACAAUCAAACCAUCAUGGAAGUGGAGGUGUCAGUGGUGGUAUUGGUGAAAACCCUAGUUUUCCACCCCCGCCGCCUCCUUCUCAGCCUGGCGAUGGAGGUGGGGGUGGAGGCGGAGGGGGUGGAGAAGGAUCAAUUAGACCUGGAUCUAUGGUAGAUCGAGCUAGGUUAGCCAAGCUACCAUUACCAGAGCCAGGUCUAAAUUGUCCACGUUGUGAUUCAACCAACACGAAAUUCUGUUACUUCAACAACUAUAGCCUCACACAGCCUCGACACUUUUGCAAGACGUGUAGACGAUACUGGACUAGAGGAGGUGCUCUAAGAAAUGUUCCGGUUGGAGGAGGUUGUAGAAGAAACAAAAGAAGUAGCAAAAGUAGAAGCUCAAAAUCUCCAAGCCGUUCGGGCCCUAAAUCACUAAGUGUAAGUCCUCCAAGAAGUAACUCAGAAAAUAUGACAAGUUCACAACUCUCACAUCCACCUUCACUUCACUUGCCUUUCAUGAAUUCUCUUAACCAAUAUGGAGGUGUUGGGGGUAACCUUAGCUCAAGUACUAUUUCCGGUUUUCAAUCUCAAAGUGAAUUGGGAAACUUUCAAAUAGGAAAUGGUAGCUCAAGUGCUAACAAUUUCAACAAUAUUCUAUCAAUUGGAGGAGGUGAGAAUUGGAGACUACCUUUCUUGCCUGGAUUUGAAGUGCCAAACAAUACUAACAAUCUAUUUAACUAUCAAAAUGGAAGUGUCACUGGAGCACAACCCUCUCCUAUGGUUGGUGAAGACAUGACAUUAAAGAACAAUAAUCCUGGAACUGAUAACACCCAGAUCGAUCCCCCAGUGAAGGUGGAAGACAAUCGAGCCUUGAAUUUAUCAAGACAAUUUUUGGGUAUGUUGGGAAAUAACAAUCAACAAGCAUGGGCUGGAAAUACAUGGUCAGAAUUUCCUGGUGUUAGCACUAAUUCUACCCCCACUACACACUUCUUAUAAUCUUCGGAUUAGGGGGAAUUCGAUUGUUUUAUGAUAUUGGCUGAAGGAUUUUCAAACCCUAGCUAAUUAAUUCCUAGCUUGAAUGAAUGUAUAAUUGUCGAUUAAUUAAGAUUCCAAGUCUCAACGCUUUGAUCGCUGAAGAACUGCAGGAGAAUCUACAUGGUAGGUAUAAAUUAUAUAUGUUUUAAGUGUAAUGUGAUGAUAUUAUAUAUGUUGGUUAAUUAUUUCUAUUAAUGUGUGUAAGAGUUAAUUUCCUUGUACUUAGAAAAUAUGUGUUUCACCAGUUGCAAGUGUGUAAGUGUGUGCAAUUAUCUUGAGUAAUUAAGCUAUCUAUCUAUUACUGAUUUUUCCAUA